AUGAGAACAUCAAGCGAUAUUCUCCACGACCUCCGCUCCGUCCUCUCGGACCCUGCCAAUGUUGCUGCGUCAGGCCACCCGGGCGGAAACGCUGGCAGAGUCAAAAUGACACAUAUGGAUGAGCUCAACAAGAUUGCCAGUCUGCAUUUUCGCGAUACGCAAGCGGCCGCCGUCUCCAUCUCGGGACGCAAUCUGCCCCUGAUCUACAAGCUCAUCUCUUCGCUCGUCUCCCCGCCCCUUUGCAAGACCCUCAUGGUGCUCGAUCUCGACGGCCGCUUCGAUGCCACCCGUAUCACAUGUGCCGAGGAACAUCUGCAUCAUGUCUAUGUCCAGCGGCCGGCCCACAGCAGCCCCGAGACGGUUCGCACCCUCGUCGCCGAUGCCCAGGGCUUCAUGCUCUACAACGCCGCCUCCCAGGCCAGCCUCUCACGCCAGUGGUGGGGCACCAUCGUCAUCGGUGGCCUUGGUAGUGCCGGUGACUUGGUUGCUGGCUGGAAGGGCUGGCUGCGUGUGGAUCGCGAGCCGGUUCAACCGUUUGCCCUCGGCAUAAGUUCCGACGAGGCAUUGACGCAGAGGAAGGCCCGCCAAGACGCCGUGGAUGCUGCCGGCUGGGCUGCAACAUCCCCCUGGGGAGGUUUUGUCUUCCACGAGAUGGAUGGGGACUGA